AUGCCUAAAAAAGACAAGAAGAAGCAAUCAAAAGAUAUAAACGAUCCUAUCAAAUUAAAGGAACUUGGAAACAAAGCAUUCCUCAACAAGAACUAUGAUGAGGCCAUUGAAUGCUUCUCAAAAGCUAUUGAGUGCGAUCCAAAUGACCCGGUAUUUUAUACUAACAGUAAAUAAUACAAAAUAUUAAAUUUCAUAGGAGCUGCUGUUUUCAAUAUUGUCGAGAGAUUCGAUGAUGCUAUUAGAGAUUGCGAUAAAGCUAUUGAGAUCAAUAAAAACUUUGUCAAGGCCUAUUUCAGAAAAGCUUAAGCAUUGAGAGAAAAGUUAGAUGAUCUCUAAGCUAUUGAGGUACUGAAGGAGGCACUAGCUGUAGAACCUUCAAACAACGAUCUUGUUAAACUACUAGAGGAGACCAAAUAAGAAUAUGAAGAGGAUAACUCAAUACCAGUAGAGCAUCCAGAGAGAUAGAGGUUUGAAAAACUAUUGUAGUGGCUCAAGGACGGUGGAUCAACUUUCGACAAAAUUAAGAUCAGAUACUACACUGCUGACUACAGAGGAGUGCAUGCAGCAAGAGAUAUUUAGAAGGGAGAGAUUAUAUUACACGUGCCAAAGCAUCAAAUCAUUACAUUAGAGAUGGCUAUCUCAUCACCAGUAGGAAAGAAGAUGUACGAAAAAGGAUUGAGACAGAGGCUGAUCUCACCAAAGCACUCAUUCUUGAGUACCUUUAUUAUGCAAGAAAAAAGAAAGGAAAUAUCCGAAUGGCACACAUAUAUCGACAUUCUCCCCAAAAACUUUAGCAAUUUCCCAAUAUUCUUCACUGAUGAGGAGAAAAAAUGGCUUAAGGGAAGUCCUUUCCUUGACUAGAUUCAUGAGAAAAUUGAAGAUAUCAAAGCAGAUUACGAUCUGAUAUGUAAGGAGGUGCCUGACUAUGUUCAGUUCCCCCUAAGAGAAUACUCUGAGAUCAGAAUGAUGGUCUCAAGUAGAAUCUUCGGAAUAUAAGUUGAAGGAGUUAAGACCGAUGGUUUUGUAGCUUACGCCGAUAUGUUGAAUCAUAAGAGACCAAGAUAGACCUCUUGGACUUACACUGAUGAAAAGCAAGGUUUCAUCAUUGAGGCCAUUGAAGACAUUAAGAGAGGUGAUCAAGUUUAUGAUAGUUACGGUAAGAAGUGCAAUAGCAGAUUCUUCUUAAACUAUGGAUUCAUCAACCUGAACAACGAUGCCAACGAAGUACCGUUAAAGGUUUACUAUCAUCUCGAUGAUCAACUAAAACAAGUCAAGCAAGACAUGAUCUAGGACCACUCAGAAUACAAGAAGUUCAGAGUAGUUGAGAACUUCGAAGACAGAAUCAUGCAAGAGUUCUUCUCAUGGUUGAGAUUCGUUGAGUAUGAUGAAAACAUCACACUUAUCUAUCAAUAUCAGGGGGCUGCCAUUAGCAGAGCUUAAAAAUACAGAAGAGGAGAGGACUCUGAUUCUGAGGGCGAGGACGACUCAAGCAAAGGUUUCAAAGCUAAAGAUUUACCACCACUUUCAAUCAGAAAUGAAAAGAAGGUUCUCCAGAGAAUUCUCUACUUAGCCAAGGACGCCUAUGAUAGAUACGAUAGAUCUCUUGAAGAAGACUUGAAGGAACUUGAGAAAACUGAUCUUACCUUCAAUGAAAGAAACUGCCUGCUAUACACAUCAGACCGCAAGAAAGACAUCAUAGAGCGACCCAGAAUUAGAUUAGUGCAAGGAGUACCUAACGAAUGCAAACCAGGCGAUAAGAAGCCAGGCGGUGCUCAGCAAUUCGUAGAUGAUGACUAUUCAGAUCUAGCAACACUGCCACCAAUCAACAAUUUUGUGUUUGCAACAGUUCCCGCUUUCAAAUACAGAAAGAAUCUUUAAAAUGUGUAUCAAUAGCUACUGAAGCAUUACACUUUCCAACCUGAAGAUCCCAUGAGUCAAAAGAUAAAAGUAAUUUAAAGAGAAGACAUCAUAAACUUCGCUAAACUUAAACAAUAUAUUACUGAAGAAGACUCCUUAGACUUACUAGGCAAACUUGGCCAAGAUAAAAUGACAGAGGUAUUCGCUAAGACUACUAAUGAUCUACUGAUGGCUUUUGAAGUAGCAGCGAGAAGAUUGAAGAAAGACUAGCCAAAUCAGCAAGACCACAAUGAGGUCGAGACUACUCUGUGGCUGAAAGAUUUCCCCUAGACUUUAUAGGAAUUCAAGGCAUUUUACCAAUACUAAACUCAUCAGCAGCACAUUCACAGUGUAAUUGUUAUCGAAGAGUUAUUUUUAUCUGAAAGUGAAGAUGAAGAAAUAUUAAAGUUCUCUUCGUCUGAUCCAACUAUGGACCGUUACUAUUAAGAGUAGGAGAGAAAGAGGAUAGAGGAAAAAAGAAAAAUAGAGUUUUUAGCUGAUGAAAGAGUGGCUGCAUUUUAGGCAGUCUUGGAAGUUGGUAAGAUAUUCGCUUAAGGAUCUGCUGAAAGUGAUUUUAAACUUUGCACUGUUAAUAAAAUGAGAUUUUAAGGUCCAGACUCAUCAACAUUACUACAUGACUCAAAUCAAGAUCCAAAUCAAUCAAGAGAGAUAUCUCCAGAGGCAGAAUAGUAGUACACUGAAUUUGCUUAGAAGUUCAAAGAGGAAGUUGAUUCAUAUGCUAGAGAUCUCUAGGAAUACAGAUUGAUUAAGAAGAAGUUCAAGAAUGAAAUACAAACAAAGCCACUGAUGCCAUAUCCUGAUGAGAUUUUGAAAAAGAUCAGAGAGGAAGAAGAGAAAUAGAAGGAAAUUUAGAAAAGACUUGAUGAAGAAAAGAAAGCUAAGGAGGCAUUGCUGCAACAAUAGCAGCAAUAAUAAUAGGCAGCUGCCAAAAAGGGGCCUGCUGCUAAAGCUUAAUAGCCACCUCCUACUCAAAAUAACUAAUCAAGAGAAAAUUUGAAUAGUUAAGGAGGCAAUAGAACUGAGAUGCAUUCUAGACUUGACGAAUUGGCUUAGAAGUACAAGGCCAUGCCAAAGAGCAGAGACGACGAGGAAAAGGAAUGGCAUUUCAACCAGUUUGAAAAAGUAAUGGCUGAACUUAACCCUGAUAACGGAUCAGUUGGUAAUAUUCUUGCUGCAAUGGUCUAUCAAAUAGCUACUUAGAGCAAAGCUAGUAGCAAGUAAGGAGACUAAAGCGAACAAGAAAGACAGUUUAUUUUGAAAACUGAAGAGCAAGAGAAUGAUAUAAACGAUUAUUUUGAAGAUAUCUUUAACAAGCUUUCAAUUGAACACAACAUUGUUGAGACUUCAUUCCGUCAUUAAUUUAUUGAAUAGCCAGCAAACAGACAAAUCACUGCUUCUCCUUAUUAAAGUCUUUUUAAUGAAAAUGAUAGAGUAAGUAAGCUUGCUCAAACCUAUACCUUCUUAAGCGGUGAAGCGAUAACUAUGAAUGAGAACAAAACCUUAUAAAAAUCUUAACUUCCAGGAAUUAACAAUAGACUAGGGAUGCCUUAGUAGCCCACCAUUUAAUAACCUUAGAGAGAAUCUGACCUUGCUGCUAUUAUUUCGUUUUCAAAUAUGCCUUCUUCAUAAACUAAGAGAACACUAAUACUUCAUCAAUGCCAGGAGAUGUUCAAAUAAAAGGAUGUGCAUCCAGAGCGAGAAUUUUUCUUCUUGGAUAGAAACUACGUUGAGAAGUAUGAUGCAACUACUCUGAGAUAAGUUUUAUCUAACUCCAUGAGAAAUAGUCCGGAGUUCGUAUACUAAUAUGAGAAAAAUGAAGAUGCUCUACUGCUCGGAAUUUACUACAAAAAUCCACCUGGAAGGCUAUUAAGGAGAUAAUGGACUGCACCAAUCAAGGUAUUCCCAGAAUAUCAAAUUUGGAGAAACUUUGUGAAGCAUGAGGCAACUCAAGCCAUCGAUUAUAGCUAAUUAAUAGAUAUUGAGUCCUCUAAAGUUGGAUUGAUAAGAACUAAUUCUAAGUAUUGUUUCCCUUGCGAUAAUAGUAUUAUAAGAAUUGACAAGCACAUUAUUGGUAACAGAAGAAUUGGAACCUCUUUAGUUAUCAAAGAUAACUUGGUCUUCGGUAUCAAGGAGAGUAUCGAUAAGUUUAAAUCUAAAUCAGGAUUAUUUGAAGAUGAAGUCUUAAAUCGAGAGGCCUGGGCUCAGUCUGACAGAAGAUGCACAUUUUGGCUAGAAUUUGAAAAUGGAACUAAGCUUUUGGUUGAAAUGACUGACAGGUAGAUUCCACAUCUGGAAGAGAUACCACUUCACGAUCCUCUGCCUGCAAAUCAUGAUGAAGAGGCUAAGAGAACUAGUGGUACUGUUUCUAUGAUGCAGCAUGGUGGUGAUGUAGAAGAGAAAUCUCCAACUCUGCAUAUUGAAAGUGUUGCUGCUGGGUAAUCUAAACCUGGAAUUAUCAAGAACGAUUCAGUAAAAUCAAUUAAAUAACCAGCAGCAGGUGCUCCAGGUGGCAAAGAGUCAACAAUGAAAUAAACCUAGCCAGCUCCAGGAGCUAAAGGAGCUCCAGUUCAAUAGACACUUCAAAAGAGUGAUUCAGCAAAAUCAAUUGGAUCAGAUGGUUCUCAACCUUCAGGUCCAUCUCCAUAAGAACUAGCUUUGAUCUAAAAAAGAAGAGAUGAGGAGCAAAGACUGAUGUCAGCAGCAAGCAAACAGCAAUUUUUCUAGGAUAGAUAUGAUCCAACUGCAGGUGCCAAGCUAACUUUUACUUAUCAACAAGGCCUAAUUGUCAUGAUCAUGCCUAAUGGUGAUAUCAGCCAGUAAAUCAUUGAGAACACUCACGAGAAGAAGAAGUACGGAGGCACUUUGCAUCAAGACUCUCUUCCAGCUAACCUUCAGGAGAAGUCUAGACUUAUAACUCGAGGUGGUCAGGUAAUUAGAUACUUUUUGGAUGGCAAUAUGCAGAUCUUCUACCCAGAUGGCACAAUCACCACCACUGACAAGAGGAAGGGAGUGUGGUUCACUGUGAACUCUCUUGGAGUUAAGAGAGUCAGGAAACUUCAAGACAACUUGGUCUAUGACGAGCCCAAAAGACUCAAGAUCACAGAGAAGCAAGACCCUGAGACCAGCUCUCUUGUGUCUGUGAGAGAGGAUGGUGUGCUAAUAAUAAAAUACCUAGAUGAAAGCAGAAUGGUAAUGAUGCCUGAUGGCACUCAGGUUCUAACUAAGAAAAACGUGGAAAGUGGAAGUGGCACAAUCACCUUAAUAACUAAGGAAGGAUUCGCUCCAGUCAGAUUGAUUUAUGACCCUGUAAAGGCAAGAGCAAAAACUGUCAUUGGAUUAGGAGGUGCUGACUCAAUGAUGGGGGUUGAAAACAUCAUGGAGAGGACUAAUAAUGGGAAAGUAACAGAAGUGUUGCUUCCAGAUAAAACAGUAGUUUAGAGUUACUAAGAACGACAAGAGCAAGAGGGAUUCAACAACUUCAUGACGAACAUGGUUCACUUGAUCAGAAGAGAUGAUUUUUCCAUCAUCAAGGUCAGACAAGACGGAGAGAUGGUCCUUAUAUCCUCUAACCAGAGAGCCUAUCUGAACAAUAUUGGAAAAUAAAAGACAUUCGGAGUGAACGACUACGAUCACUACUUUGAGUUGUUCGGAGUGCCUAAUGAAAGAAGGUCUGGAGUGUACACUGUCAACCUUGACUAGGGCAGACUGAUAACUUAAGAUGAAGAGGGCAAUGUGUUCAUAGUCUUUGCCAAUGGAGACUCAGUCGAGAAGCUUUCAGUUAGUUUCAACCUUGACCAGAUGGUGGAAGGAAUUGAGCAGAAGGAACCAGACUCGCCAAAGAUCGUAGAUGGAGAGUAUAUUGAGGAAGAGUGUAAGUUCUUGCCUCCUCCAAAGACAAUCGCCCAUCCCAGGAUAUUCAUGAUUAAAAACGACGUGGGCUACGAAUUCUACAACUCUGAGCAGCUUGAAUACCUAUUCAGGUGCACAAACAAGGACAAGUCACUGAUAAGAUCCAAGAAGCAGAUCAGAGUCGACAAUGAAGAUGCCACUUCGCAUCUCUUUAUGAGAAAAACUGUAGAGUUUGAUCCUAAUCAAGCUAAUCAUGAAAUGCCUAGGAUCCCUUAGACUGUUGAGCUAGUUAACUAAACAGUCUCAAUUCCUAAGGAGCCAGUAAAAGAAGAGUAUGCUUGGAGAAAUAUACUUGAGUACAAGAAAAUUGAAAGCCCUAAGUAGGUCCAAGAGUUCCAAGAGGCUCUCAAAAGAUACCAAAAUAUGAGAAAGAGAUAAUAGGAUGAAAGAGAAAGACUCAAAGUAGUUGAGAUAAAGACUGAGGAACACAGAGAACAGGAGUGCAAGAUAUGGCUGAGAAUAGCUAGAGAAAAAGGCAUAGACAUCUCAUCAGUUAUCGGAGAAGAAUACAAGCCUCUCAAAGAUAUCGUUAAUGAAGAAAAGAAACAAAAAUUCCUAGAUGAUCUUGAUAACUUCAACUCCGACGAGGAUGCUGAUAAUCCUUAGGCUUAUUGA